UAUUUUCUCAUCGCCAAAUCGCAACUUCAACAUAUGUCAUUGCUGUCAUUGCUGUCAACAGUCGUUCCAGUUAUAUGUUUUUACGCAGCACGAAAACUUACUUCAACGACAAGUAAGAUGAAAUUGAUGAUGUUUUGAAACUCGAUUCAAUUAGAAAAAAUACAAUAUUUAAGGAUGAGUCGAUCUGAUGGUCUUUGGAAAAAUUUACCAGAACUUGUACUAACUGAUAUAUACAAGUUAUUAGAUUUAAAAGAUCGUCUAGCAGCUUCAUCGACUUGCAAACAAUGGAGGCAUGUUCUUUUUCAAUCAUGCUUUUGGACCACAGUGAAAUUUGACACAGCUCGAAGAAACGUAAAUAAAAAUGAUUUUAUUAUAGAAAAAACAGCACAUUUGUAUAACAAAAUUGAAGUAUAUCUUAUUUCAACAUAUAACAUUACCCAAACAAGGAGACUUUUCAAGAGAUUAUCUUAUAGCAAAUGUUUGCACUCUUUGAUAAUAAGAAUUUUUGCCUGUAACCAAAGGACAUAUCUUUCAUCAUCAACUCAAGAACAACACAUAGCUGAAUUAUUUGUGGAACCAGUUUUAGAUAUAGUACAAAAUGCUCCUAUACAAGUGCUGGAUUUGGGCUGCUAUGAACACCUUGCCUUAUUUAGUUCAAAAAUAUUACAUAAUAUAAGUCAACCUAAUCUAAUUACAAAAUUAAGUUUUGCAACAAUCAAACGAAAUCCCAGUGAAUAUCCUGUUGGAGAGUCAUAUCAAAUGAAGUAUUUUAAAGCGCUUACUAAUCUGCAGAUGAUAUCUCUGGAUUAUGAUUUGCUGGACGAAUCAAUGUUAAUGAAUUUUAAUAGACUGAAAAGAUUAGUAAUUCAUGUACAUGGUGUAGAAAACAAUCACAAAGGUCUUAGUGAAAAUAGUUGGGAACAUUUUAAAAUCAAGAAUCCCAAUGCAACAGUUCGAAUAACUUUAAUAAGGGCACUAGAAGCAAUAGACAUUCUGCAUACAGAAAUAUUGCGUCCUAGCAUACCACUGACUCAUUUGAGAGUUUUUUUCUGCAAUAAGAUAAAUCGCCAAUCUCUAGAUUUUAUAUCAACUCAUUAUAAGAAUACAUUGAUAAAUAUUGUUUGGGUUGAUGACAAGUUGGAGGCAGAAGAGGAUAUGGAUGUAGAUGUUGAAUUAGAUCCAUUUGUAAUGAUGUCAUGGAUGUGCAGAAAAUUGCAAGAUAUUGUAGUUCUCGGUCAUUAUAUGGACAUUGAUAGUGUUAUUGCAAUAGCUAGGUUACGUGGACCAAAUUUACGAAGAUUGCAAGUAGAUCCUGACUGUAUAACUCUCAUAAAUAAAAAUCUACGUUAUCAUGUUAUCAAGCAAAUUGAAAGUGUACUAGAGCGUCCAUGGAAUUAUACAGGUGAUCCAAUUUAUAGAGCAAUGCGCAAUACAUAUAAUGGAGUUUACAAGAAUUUUUUCCGGAAUAAGUUUAUAUACAACAUUAUUAAAAAUGAUAUAACUGUGGCUAAGAGAAGAGUUGGUAAGUUUUGGAUUUAAUGUAACUCAACUGAUAAAAUGUAAAAGAAAUUGCACAAAACAAAGAGAAAAAAGUAAGAGAAAGACUUUUACUGAAUAAAUUAAGUUGUAUCCAUGAAAAAAACAAUAGAGUUAGUUUUUGAUAU